CAAAAAUUGUUCUACUAUGUAUUUGAAUGCUCGUUUCAUCUUUAACAUUGUUUCUCAAAUUUGCAGGUCAUUUAAACCAUAAAUAAGAACAGCUGUUAAUUCAAAAUUUAAGAAAAUGUAUAGAUGGACAGUUUUAUCGUUCAUUUUGUUGAGUGCCAGUAUGUUUGAAGCAUCCAAGGUAUCAGAAAAAGUGUUGAAAGAUAAUAAAGGUGGAGAAUAUGACGUCAUUGAUGUUGAAAUUGGGAACACGGAUAUUGCAAUAAUAAAGAAAGAUGGUGUUAUACUGGCAGACGAAAUUACCAGUAAAGACAAAGAGUAUUCAAUUAUCAAGUACAACGGAACCUGCAAUGUUCAGUUUUAUGAGGAUCCUUCAGAUGAUAAAACAUGCUAUGAAGCUUUUGAAGAUGACGAAAGCAUUCCGAAUGAGACCAAAGCAGAAAUCAAAGAAGAAUGUGGAGAUCUAGAUAUUGCUUAUAUUAAGGCUGUUCAUUGUAACACAGAACACGGUAUCCAAAAGAGAGCAUGUUAUUAUUAUUACUACAUUGGUCGAUGUUGCAGAAGGAGAUGGUGGAACAAAUACAGCUGUUACAUCUGCUGGUACAGAACCAUUAGAUGUUAUUGAUUUGGAAAA